CCUCCAUUCCUUUUCGGCUCUUCCAUGGAUGAACCCGGGUCGGAUCCGGAUCCUGGGUCUUCUUACCCAAUUCCGCCCGCGUCAGUCCACCUCGCCCCUUUCUCCUCCUCUCUCGUUCCGCCUCUGUCAACUCACUUUACCCGUCGUUGCCAACCACUACAAUCAUCUCGGCCGCUAGCUUACAUCUCUCUCCAGGGUUUACUCGUCAAUUCCGAUGAAGCCAGCUCAGCGCGAUCAAUCGGCGGCGGAUUGAGCCGAGAGGAAGCCCUCGCGUGGGAGCUCUUCACGCCUUACCAGAGAUUCCUGAUUGUGGCGGUCAUUGGUGUCGCCGCCGCUGAGUCGAAGAAGAAUGGUCUCAUUCGACAGCUCCAGAAAUCGGUUGAUCUCAGGGAUCAGGUUCUUUCAAGCAUGCAACAAAAGCUUGAUGAUAUGUGUCAAGAGCUAAAUCUUGUCAAGGAUCAGUCUGGAACUGUAUCCAAGGUCUUAGAUCAUGAUGAUCUACGUUCAACUCCUAAAGAAAAGUUUGGAUCUGAGAAGAUUACUUUUGUAGAUUGUGGCUGCUGGCUAUGUGAUCAGCAUCAUCACUCGUCACCUGCUGCUAUACAGGAUAAAGCUCCCACAAAUCUGGUGGUUGAUGCAGAGCCAGAGGAAAGGCGUAUGUCUUAUAUGUCAGAUUGGUGUUCUAGUGUCACUUCAGCUGCAGAAACCCAUUUUGAUAGUCUUUCGCUCGACCAAGACAUGCUUUCUCUCAGAAAGGAGUGUCAGGAGAAAGAUGCAACAAUAAAGGACUUAACUUCAUUUCUUCAGCUGACCAACAAAGCUGGCUCAAAACGUGAAACGGAGCUUGAAGAGAUUAUUCGCAGGAAGAAGACAAUAAUUAAGAAGCUCAAGAGAGACGUUCUGGUGUUAGAAGAAAAGGUCACACAGCUCACUAGGCUCCGGAGGUCCUCCUAUUCACCUGCAGUCUCAAAUACCCAUGAAUUCCCAAUGAGAAUGGAUAAUCUUCUUUAUGAUAUGGAUGUUCUUACAGCUACUUCAUCCUCUGAUUCAGAAUCUACUGUAGACACACCCCGACGGGCUGUGCUGGAGGCUCCAGUUGAUUCCAUAAAGGAGGAGUUAUCAGCUGUGGGACAAACCCAUAAAUCAGCGCCAGCUAAAUCCUCGACGUCACUUGUAAAAUCUGUAAAGCCGCCUUCAGUAGUUAGUCCAUCGACUACUCGGAAGCCUGUUUCAGUUUCUUCUUCCUCUUCUUCUUCAAGGAUGAGACGAGGUUCUUCUACAGGUGAUUCAAGGAAACCUAGAAGGCCAAUUCAGACCACCCCAAGAGAUUCCUCUGGUUCACAUAAGAGAUGGGUUUAGUAAGUAUUGGUCUGCUGGUAACUGGUAACUGGUAAGUAUCAGUUACCAUUGGAUUGGACUUAAAAUGUUAAGAUAAGAGAUCCAUUGCUAUGUUCAGAUUUAAAAUUGUUUCAGUUUGUUAUGACUGGACCUGUUUGACAUAUGACUGAAGUGCAGAACCAGCUGCCAGAUGUUAGUACUGUGCGUAGGUGCUUCGGAAUUUAAGUUAUAUUGUAGCUAAAAGUAUAAUAUACUAAAAAAUUAUGU